GCGGCGGCGGCGGAGAGCAGCGCGCAGCCCGGUGCAGCCCUGGCUUUCCACUCGCUGCGCGUCCGCGCCCCUUUCAGCGUCCGCAACCAGAAGCCCAGCGCAGCUCCCGGAGCCGGACCUGCGCCCGCACCGCUCCCAGGACCGCGACCCCGGCCGCCCCGCGAUGACCGCGACCGAAGCCCUCCUGCGCGUCCUCUUGCUCCUGCUGGCUAUCGGCCACAGCACCCAUGGAGCUGAAUGCUUUCCAGCCUGUGACCCUAAAAAUGGAUUCUGCGAGGAUGACAAUGUUUGCAGGUGCCAGCCUGGUUGGCAGGGUCCCCUGUGUGACCAGUGCGUGACCUCUCCCGGCUGUGUUAACGGACUCUGUGAAGAACCCUGGCAGUGCAUUUGCAAGGAUGGCUGGGACGGAAAACUCUGCGACAUAGACGUCAGGGCUUGCUCCUCCACCCCCUGCUCCAACAACGGGACCUGCGUGAACCUCGAUAGCGGCGGCUAUGAGUGCUCCUGUGCCCCCGGGUUCUCGGGAAGGGACUGCCAGGAGAAGGACGGCCCCUGCGUGAUCAACGGUUCCCCCUGCCAGCACGGAGGUACCUGCGUGGACGACGAGGGCCGGGCCUCCCAUGCCGCCUGCCUGUGCCCCCCUGGCUUCUCAGGCAACUUCUGCGAGAUCAUGGCCAACAGCUGCACCCCCAACCCGUGCGAGAACGACGGCGUCUGCACUGACAUAGGGGGCGACUUCCGCUGCCGCUGCCCGGCCGGCUUCAUCGACAAGACCUGCAGCCGCCCGGUGACCAUCUGCGCCAGCAGCCCAUGCCAGAACGGGGGCACCUGCCUGCAGCACUCCCAGGUGAGCUACGAGUGUCUGUGCAAGCCCCCGUUCACGGGUCCCACCUGCGUGAAGAAGCGCGGGGCUGGCUCCCCGCAGGUCACCCACCUGCCCAGCGGCUACGGGCUGACCUACCGCCUGACCCCCGGGGUGCACGAGCUGCCGGUGCCGCAGCCCGAGCACCGCAUCCUGAAGGUGUCCAUGAAAGAGCUCAACAAGAGUACCCCUCUCCUCACCGAGGGUCAGGCCAUCUGCUUCACCAUCCUGGGCGUGCUCACCAGCCUGGUGGUUCUGGGCACCGUGGGCAUCGUCUUCCUCAACAAGUGCGAGGCCUGGGUGUCCAACCUGCGCUACAGCCACAUGCUGCGCAAGAAGAAGAACCUGCUGCUGCAGUACAACAGCGGGGAGGACCUGGCGGUCAACAUCAUCUUCCCCGAGAAGAUCGACAUGGCCACCUUCAGCAAGGAGGCGGGCGACGAGGAGAUCUAAGCAGUGUUCCCACAAGCCCCUCUGUAUUCUCGGGGUUCCGCAGAGCUCACUACAUGCGGUCUGUGCUAAUCUUUGUGGUGGAAUUUGCUAUCUUCUGUGUGGAAUCUGGUGAACGCUAUGCUUACGUGUAUUGCUUUUGUGUUGCCGUGUGACAAACGCCAUGCCCACGGAGACUAUCUCCUCUUUCUCUCUAUUAAUGCAUGAUAACAAAUAAUAAUAAGAAUUUCAUCUUUAAACAA